AUGAAUGCUCUUCCCCCAGAACUCAUUCGACAAAUCGUUAGCAAUAUUCCAAAAUCAUCUCUUUCAUCUUGUCGACUCGUAUGUCAAACAUUCAACACCUUUGCGUUCCCAACUCUCUUCUCUCAUGUUCCACAUUGGCUAGACUAUAAAAUUUCACAUCAGGCUGUCCUCUCUCUCGUUCAUGAUGCCUUCAAUCGACCGGCUGUGAUGUGGAGUCCUUGGGCCAGUGAACCGACCGAACCAGUGGACGACAUUUGGAUGGGAAUUGUUUGGAAGUUGUUGAUGAAGGCUGAUCCUCCUGGGUCCCCACUGUUCAAAGAAGUAAGGGGCGAGGCAUUGGAACGCCGGGCACAAUUGACACCUCAGAAUUUCGCGGAGCUUAGCGGAAGGGAAGAAAUGUCUCAGAAUCGACUGAGGACUGGUCAGAAUAGGUCCCUAUUGCAUAGGAGCUAUUCGGGAAAGUUUGAUUGGAGUGGAGCGAAGUUAUGA